CGCGAACCCACAUGCGCACACMCGAGAGCACACGCGACAGUCCACACAUACACGCCACACGUUAGACGCCACAGCCACAGAAGCUGCAAUCUUGUAAACGCCGCUGCCGGUCGACAAUAUUGUUGUGGUUGAUUAUUUGCCACGAAACCUAUCAGCCACCACAAACGUAGUGUAACUCUUCCAUCGCCGAUUAUAAGGCCGUAUUAAAACUGUAAUGGUUUUCAAACAAAAUAUACAACCAUUGUCCGAGAUAUGCAUAACUCAACGUAUGCUUGUUUGUCAAGAUCAAACAAUACAAAUCAACCGUCAUCCGAUCAAGAAGGCAUAGAUCGUCAAAACAGUUUAAUGUUUACCAAACUUCCGUUACCAAAAUUAGAAAAUGAUUUACAAAACUAUAAUUUGAGGUUGGACAACAGGCCAAACUCUGAACAAAACAAAGAUGGUACGGCAGAUCAAACUAUAAGAAGGUAUAGAACAGCAUUCACAAGAGAACAGUUGCUUCGAUUAGAAAAAGAAUUUUAUAAAGAAAAUUACGUGUCCAGGCCGAGAAGAUGCGAGCUUGCCACCGAAUUAAAUCUUCCCGAAUCGACAAUAAAGGUGUGGUUUCAAAACCGGCGGAUGAAGGACAAACGGCAAAGAAUCGCYAUGGCGUGGCCGUAUGCCGUAUACACAGACCCGACGUUUGCGGCCACGGUGCUGCAGGCGGCUGCGGCCAGCGCACAUGCCAACGGCACGCUGCCCGACAUAGCAGCCAUUGCCAAUGCCUACCA